CAGAGAUUUUUUACAUUAAUAGAUUUUCUUUUAUUAUUAUCUAAAAAUGGAAAUGUGUACUUUAAAGAAAGAAAUACUUGAAGGAAAGAAUGUAAAAAAGAAAAUGAGUAAGGCACAAAUGCAAUUAGCAAUAAUUAAAAAGAAACAAUGUGAUGCAAAAGCUCUUACAAUCAUUGAACAACUUUUAGAACCAAAAAUAGAUUCUCAGUGGCUUUUAUACAAUUUAAGAUAUAUUAACAGAAGUCAUAUGGAAGAUGUAAUUGAAGAAAGGGCUAUAAUUAAAUUAUGUGGUUAUGUGCUAUGUAAUAAUGCAUUGACAACAACAAUUAAUCAACGGUAUCAUAUAUCAACAAAGAAAAACAAAGUUUAUGAUAUAACUCGACGUAAAAAUUUUUGUAGCUCAUGUUGUUAUGGUGCUUGUAAUUAUAUUUUGGAACAAAUGCUCACAAGUCCUUUAUGGUUAAGAGAUAAAGAAGAAAUACCAGAAUUUAAAAUAUUAAAAACUAUAGAUGAAUUAAAUAAAAAUACAAUUGGAGAUGAAAUUUAUUUGACUGAUGUACAAAUGGUAUUGAAUCCUAAAAACAUCGAUGAACAUAUAGAAACCAAUGAAAUAGGCAAAAAUUCAAAAAAUGUAUCUUUUAGUAAAUGUCCAGAAAUUAAUAUGUACAAUGAAUAUAUAAUAAAAAAUAAUGAAAAUAUGCAACGAAGUAAUAUUAUUAAAAAACCCAAUGUUUGUACAGAAUUUCCAAAAGACAUUCAUGCAGAAUUUAAAGAUAUGAAAAAUGAGUCUGUUAACUUAAAGAAUGAAGAUACCAUUAGCGAAGAAUGCUUGAAAGAUAAUAAUGUUAAAAAAAUACCUAUUGUAGGAAACAAUAUUCUACUAAAUAACACAGUAAUUCAAGAUAAUAAAAUUGUAAAUAAGAAUGCUAUUGGUUUAAGAGAAGAUAAAAAUCAAAAUAUAAAAAGUACAGAACAAAAUAACUUAUUUGAACUAUCAGAAACAGAACAUAAUAUAGCUAUCACGAAACAAAAUAUUAUUAUUAGUAAUAAAGAUCUUGCACACAAAAUAAAACAAAAUAAAUGUGAAGAUUAUAAACAUAAAAGUUCUAUUAAAAAAAAACAAUCAAAUGAAUUUUAUAAUCUUGCAAUGCAUAUUGAGCAUAAUAUAAGGGAAUGGAUUACAAAAGAUACUAUUUCUUUAUUAUCAGGAGAAGAAGAUAUUAAAAAUCAAUUAUUAGAAAAUAUAGUUCAGCAUGACAAAUAUUUGCAUCUGUGUAAAAAAUUAAAUAAAUUGCAGCUAGAAGAUGAAAAAGAUGAUCACAUAAGUUUAACUACAAACAGUUUAAGACCCUUACCACAUUUGUCAACUCUUCAAGAAGAGGGCAAAAAAAUGGAAUUAAAAGUUCGAGCAUUUUAUAAAGGAAGUAUGGUGAUAGAAAAUAAUAAGAAUGAUUCUGAAGUUGCUGAACAGGAUAAUAAUUUUACACCAGUGUUACCUUUAACAGAGACUCAUGCACCUAAAAUGCUACGACGGCGGAUAUUUUUAGAUAAACUUGGUAGAAUAUUACCUGAUUUAUUAUGUGCUUUAGCUAGUAAUAAAUUACCACAGUAUACAUACAGCAGUGAAAAAAGUACUUUAAUUAAAGUAUUAAUUAACACUUUCUCAUUAUCUGCUGCAAAUGUUAUUUUUAAAACAACUGAAUGGACUCUUGUAGGUCUUAUCAUCAUUAAAAUGUUGAGUAUGAUAGAUUACGAGUUAAAAGUUUUAUUGGCAACCAAACAGGCAUCAAUGUAUAUUUCAAUGAUUUUAAUGUCAUAUAAGUUGGAUUCAAAUUACUUGGACAGACUAGUAAUGGAACUAAUUAAUAAUACAGAUAUAUCAAAUAUAGAUAAUGCUGUGAAUAUUCAUGUAAUUUAA